GAGAAGGCGACCGGAGUGGGCUGGGGAGGUUGGGAGAGCGGCGGAGCAGCGAGCGAGAAGCCGGGGGGAGGGGCGCACGGAGGGGCGCGAGGCGCCGCGGAGGCCUGCUCGCUGCACUUGCGAACGGGCGGCGAGCGGAAGGAGCGCACGAUAUCGGUCGCCAGCCUCCCGCCGGACGCGCGGGCGCGGCGCGGCGCGGGUGGGAAGGUGGUUGAUCUGCCGGCGCCCUAACCCGGCUCUGCCCCGGGACCACUCCCAGGAAAACUCCGCGGCAGGGAGGCGCCCGCGACCCCACCCCGGCCUGCGCGGGCGGCGCGCGGAGGGAGGGCAGACUGGUCUUCCUCAGCCCAGCCCGGGCCGGAGUGGAGCGGUGCGCGGCGGCGCAGGCGGCGGCCGGCGGCCGGGGAAUUCUAAUCUCAUCUGGAGGGUCCUUGGAGGUAAUCUAGCCCAGUGAUUCUCCAUGCGCAUACAUCAGAUUCACCUGGAUGGUUUCCUCAAACACAGAGCUGCCCCGAUGGGUCAUGGCAAUGAGUGAGCAGACCGAGCGCCAGUGGACAAGGAUGGAGAGCCGCACCCAAGAGGGCAGGAAGUGAUGCCCACCCAUCCCCGCAUAGAAUGACUGCCCAGGGAGAGUGGUUCCCCGGGCCCUGGCAGGGCUGCUGACCCUCAGCCUGCAAAGCGCUAAGAGCACAGGGACUCCAGACUCUUCUUGUGGAUGGUCCCCUGCCCUGCAGCUCCACCAUGAGGCUGCUUGUGGCCCCCCUCUUGCUAGCUUGGGUGGCUGGUGCCAUUGCCACUGUGCCCGUGGUACCUUGGCACGUGCCCUGCCCCCCUCGGUGUGCCUGCCAGAUCCGGCCCUGGUAUACACCCCUAUCGUCCUACCGCGAGGCCACCACCGUGGACUGCAAUGACCUAUUCCUGACAGCUGUGCCCCCGGCGCUGCCCGCAGGCACGCAGACCCUGCUGCUACAGAGCAACGGCAUCGUCCGCGUGGACCAGAGUGAGCUCGGCUACCUGGCCAAUCUCACAGAGCUGGACCUGUCCCAGAACAGCUUUUCAGACACCCGAGACUGUGAUUUCCGUUCCCUGCCCCAGCUGCUGAGCCUGCACCUGGAGGAGAACCAGCUGACCCGGCUGGAGGACCACAGCUUUGCAGGGCUGGCCAGCCUUCAGGAACUCUAUCUCAACCACAACCAGCUCUACCGCAUCGCCCCAAGGGCCUUCGCCGGCCUCAGCAACCUGCUGCGGCUACACCUCAACUCCAACCUGCUGAGGGCCGUGGACGGCCGCUGGUUCGAGAUGCUGCCCAGCCUGGAGAUCCUCAUGAUCGGCGGCAACAAAGUGGACGCUAUCUUGGACAUGAACUUCCGGCCCCUGGCCAACCUGCGCAGCCUGGUGCUCGCAGGCAUGAACCUGCGGGAGAUCUCUGACUACGCCCUGGAGGGGCUUCAAAGCCUGGAGAGCCUCUCCUUCUAUGACAACCUGCUGGCCCGGGUACCGCGGCGGGCGCUGGAGCAGGUGCCUGGGCUCAAGUUCCUAGACCUGAACAAGAACCCGCUCCAGCGGGUGGGGCCCGGGGACUUUGCCAACAUGUUGCACCUCAAGGAGCUGGGGCUGAACAACAUGGAGGAGCUGGUUUCCAUUGACAAGUUUGCCCUGGUCAACCUCCCUGAGCUGACCAAGCUGGACAUCACCAACAACCCCCGGCUGUCUUUCAUCCACCCCCGCGCCUUCCAUCACCUGCCCCAGAUGGAGACCCUCAUGCUCAACAACAAUGCUCUCAGUGCCUUGCACCAGCAGACAGUGGAGUCCCUGCCCAACCUGCAGGAGGUGGGUCUCCAUGGCAACCCCAUCCGCUGUGACUGUGUCAUCCGCUGGGCCAAUGCCACGGGCACCCAUGUCCGCUUCAUCGAGCCUCAGUCCACCCUGUGUGCCGAGCCACCAGACCUCCAGCGCCGCCCAGUGCGGGAGGUGCCCUUCCGGGAGAUGACGGACCACUGCCUGCCCCUCAUCUCCCCCCGCAGCUUCCCCCCCAGCCUCCAGGUGGCCAGUGGAGAGAGCCUGGUGCUGCACUGCCGGGCGCUGGCUGAACCAGAACCCGAGAUCUACUGGGUCACUCCAGCUGGGGUUCGACUGACGGCUGCCCGGGCAGGCAGGAAGUACCGGGUGUACCCUGAGGGGACCCUGGAGCUGCGGAGGGUGACAGCGGAAGAGGCAGGGCUGUACACCUGUGUGGCCCAGAACCUGGUAGGGGCUGACACUAAGACGGUUAGUGUGGUUGUUGGCCGGGCUCCCCUGCAGCCAGGCAGAGGCAAGGGAUGGGGUCUGGAACUCCAGGUGCAGGAGACUCACCCCUAUCACAUCCUGCUAUCUUGGGUCUCCCCACCCAACACAGUCUCCACCAACCUCACCUGGUCCAGUGCCUCUGCCCUCCAGGGCCACAGGGCCACUGCUGUGGCCCGCCUGCCACGGGGCACCCACAGCUACAACAUCACCCGCCUCCUUCAGGCCACGGAGUACUGGGCCUGCCUGCAAGUGGCCUUUGCUGAUGCCCACACCCAGUUGGCAUGUGUAUGGGCCAGGACUAAAGAGGCCACUCCUUGUCACAGAGCCUUAGGGGACCAACCUGGGCUCAUAGCCAUCCUGGUUCUCACCAUCCUCCUGCUGGCAGCCGGGCUGGCAGCCCACCUUGGCACUGGCCAGCCCAGGCAGGGAGUGGGUGGGCGGCCUCUCCUUCCAGCCUGGGCUUUCUGGGGCUGGAGCACCCCCUCAGCCCGGGUGGUAUCUGCACCCCUUGUCCUGCACUGGAAUCCGGGGAGGAAGCUGCCCAGGUCCUCAGAAGGGGAGACACUGUCACCACCAUUGUCACAAAAUUCCUGAAGCUCAGCCUGUUCUCAGCAGCAGAGAAAUAACUAGGACUACUUUUUACCAGAAGGGAAGCCAUCUGGGCCAGGUACCCUGCCAGGAAAGUAACAUGGGUCCACGUGCUUGAGGCCUGGCAGCUGGACCAAGACAGCCAGCUUUGUGGCCCUAGGGGGUGCUCCUGCGGCCUCCAGAAACGGCCCUUACCUUCUGAGGGCUCCUCCGCUGCCAUUUGAGGAGCAUCUCCAAGGAACAGGAAGGACCCUGGCUAAAGCUGCCCACCUCCCCAGUUGUCUGUGUGCCCAGAGGCUCCUGGGCCUGGAUGUCCCCCGCCUGUGUCCUCAGGUCCUUGGCCCACAGGAUGCGCCCCCUCCUCUUCUCUGUCUCUGUGCAGUCUCAGUUGCUUGCUCUUUCCCCUUCUGGGCAAGAGCUGAAGGAGGCCUCUCCUCCCCACCUCGGGGGACUGCUCCCAAAGUGGGGCCCCAGUUGGAUCAGGAGGACACGUGGGAGAGGGAUGCCCAGGAACGCCUCUUCUCGGCACCCUUCUGGCCUGCGCUCUGAGGUUGACUUUCUAUAGGCAAUUUUGUACCUUUGUGGAGAAAUGUGUCACCUCCCCCCAACCCAAUUCAUU